AUGGGGGACGAGCCGACCAACGUGGUGGAGCCGCAGCUCGACCCCAAACGGCUUUUCGAGCUCGUGCUGAGAAACUACAAGCUGUGGCAAGAGGCGAUGGCCCGCGACGGCGCCAGCCUCGACAGUGGCUACCCCCGAUCCGGCACCGCCGCCAUUCCUGACACUGCCAGCGAGACGCCCCGGGACUUCGACGGCGACAUGGGCCAGCCCAUCCUCAAAUAUAACUUGCUUGAGCUCUUGGAAAAGACCCCGGGGGAGGUCGAUCUCCAUGCUCUCAUCGCCAAGGCCAGCCGAGAUGGCGUCGACACUCCCCCGCCCCUGGCGUCGCUGGUGCCGCAAAUAGCCCCGGCAUCAUCACUGGCACCGCUGGCACUGAUACCGCCACCUCCCACAAACUCGGAGCCGGUGACGCUAGGAAUGACGGGGAUACCUGAUCGCGUCACCGAACUGAUCUUAAACGAACAAGAAAUAGACUUCUUGCGACAAAAGAUCCUGCAAAUGAUAAAUUUCCGACCUCUGGCAGCGUCAAAUGCCGCCACCCAGGGAGGCAUGAGUCUCUAUGACACUCAGGACGAGCGGGGCAUUGUCGACGACGAUGACCAGGACGACUACGACUUGGACGAGCUUGCCGCCGACGAAUACUAUAAGUCGCACCAUAUCGAGGUCGAACUCAACCUGCAUCGUCACGACGAGUGUACCUGUGGCGACGAUCACGCCGAGGACGGGCCCACGUGUGAGUUUACGUUCGAGUACGAUAACCUGGGUAAAUUGGUGCCUACUUACUCCAACGUCGAAGAGAAACUACGGCUCAUGGGGCUCCAACAUAAAUUAGGCACCAAUGGCGCCAUGAAGCUCCCGCUGAUUCUGGAGCUCAACCUAAUCGACCAGGCAGCCGCAACCUCAUCAUCGGCCCACCCGCAACUGGCGCCAUCGCUGCUGCUGCUGCUGAAAAAGAAGAAGCAUAAGAAGAAAAAGAAGGCCGAGCAAAAGCAAGCCGCCGCUACUAAUCACGCGUCUUCCCACUCACAAUCAGCACCACCCGCCUCGUCAAUGCUCGCCCCGACUGACUGCUGUCUCUUUUGCGAGUACCAAUUCGUCUACGGGAAAAAGCCUCGCCAGAUGAUCAAAUGGUAUAAUCAACGGUUACGGCGGGAGGAACAACGACGCCAGGAGAUCAAGCGCAAAAUCGAGAGCGUGAAGCAGCGGGCCAUCAAACGACAACAGCACCGUGCUGACGCCGAGGAGCCGCUUUCCCACCCGGACGACCAUGAUGACCACGGCGACAGCGAGUGCUACGACGACGACCACCACCACCACGCCGAACUGUGCCCCCACCACCACCACCACCAGGGCGACGCUUGA